AUGCAUACGUAUCUAAAUAUUUUGCAAUGUUCAUAUAAAUUUUCAUACUGUCUUGGGUUUAAUAUCCACUUAAAACGUUUUGCAGAAAAAUGUGAUCUUUUUGAUGGGGAGUGGAUUCCUCAUCCAUCUGGGCCAGCUUACACCAACGAUAGUUGCCUUCUAAUCGAAGCUCAUCAGAACUGUAGGACCAAUGGGCGACCAGACACAGGUUACCUUUACUGGAAAUGGAAGCCCAAAGGCUGUGAUUUGCCCCUCUUCGAUACAGAGAGGUUUCUCGACGCCAUGAGGAAUAAGUGGUGGGCAUUUAUCGGAGAUUCCAUCUCUCGCAACCACGUGCAGUCACUAAUCUGUCUCCUUUCAAAGGUACACUCCAUCCUCCCUUUCAAAGGUACACUAAUCUCUUCUCCUGCUCCUGAUAGCUGCUUAACUUGGGUUUCAUCAGACGCAGCAAUUCCUGUAGAACUAAUCCGAUAAGUCAGGGCAUAAUCUCCAAAUCAAUGUCGUUGAAGUUCUGUUGAAGGAAGGAAAUCUAUUAGUUUCUUGCAUGGGUAAUUCGCAUGGGUUCUCUAUAUUGCUGCCCAUUCUUCUGUUGUUUGACUGAUUGGCAGGUACCUCGGGCUUGCUAAAUUCUCAGACAUAGAGAAGUAGAUGGAAACCAACUGGAUAAGCAAAUAAUUAGGGCAGAUGGUGGCACUAAACGGGCAUAUUGUACAGAAAACGGCUGUACUUGCAAUUCAUGUGUGUUCUUGAACUUUUUUGACUGUUUGAAUUCCAGUUUAUUCUAGAAAUUUCACUCAUAGGAGAUGAUUCCUGAUUUGGGAAAUUUCAGGAAUGACCAUCAUUUGGGAUGACUAACUCCGAUCCAGCACCAAAUCAAGGAUUGGUAAUUAUCUGAUUGAGAAAAUACAUAGAUUUUUCUUGGAUGAACAAACUGGGUUGUAAAUCUGAUACAUUACAUAUCAGCGACGACUUUUUUGGUGCUGACGCGUUGAAUAUUUAAACAUUCAUAAACUUUUUUUUUUCUUGAUUUACCCAUGCAAUCACUAGUUUAUUGAAAACUGGGGAGUUAUUGUCCUAAAAACCAUACUGCAUCGCAAAAUAUCACAGAUGCUUGUGAUUUUGUUAUAAAGUCCUACUUAUCUUCUUAAAGAUAUAAUGCAGCAGUUAAAGAUGCUACCUAGGUUGUGUCUAAUGGACUCCCUCUAGUUAUCAUUACCCUUUUCAGAUUAUACGAACAGUGUGUUUACGAUUGAAAAGAUUAUGUUGGACUCUUUUAGCCUCUUUUUUUUCUUUCUUUUUUUUUUUUGUUGAAGAAGAAGAGCAAGAACAAGGUUCCCCUGACCCACCGAGUUGACAAUAUGUUUUUGCAAGGAAUAUAAAUAUAUCUUAGAAUCCUGCAUCUGAUGCUAUCCGUCUAUGGUGGCGCCCGGCAGGUAGACAAAGCGAUCGAGGUUUACCACGACGAGGAAUGGAAGUCAAGGAGAUGGUACUUCUCCUCGUACAACUUCACCCUCUCUGUGAUCUGGUCCCCCUUCCUGGUCAAAGCCGAGAUCUCUGAAGAUCCGAAUGGUGUGUCGAGCAAGGACAUCCAGCUUCAUCUCGACACACUUGACGAGGGAUGGAUUUCGCAACUGAGGCAAUUCGAUUACGUGAUAGCCUCCGGAGGGAAAUGGUUCCCCAAGGCAGCCUUCUAUUGGGAGAACAACACGCUGGUGGGCUGCCAUUACUGCCCUGGAAGGAACCUCUCCGAGCUUGGCUACGACUACGCCUACCGCAAGGUUCUCGACCUGGUUCUCCACCACCUCACCUCCUCCGGCUACAAGGCCACCGUCCUCUUCAGAACUUCCACGCCGGACCACUUCGAGAACGGGGAAUGGUCCGACGGGGGUACCUGCAAGAGAACGGUGCCAUUCAAAGGAGGAGAAGUGAGCAUGAAGGAGGUGGACCGGGUGUUGAGGAAGGUGGAGUUGGCGGCGUUCAAAAAGGCGGCUGGCCGAGCACCCAGAAAUGGCACGCGGCUGAAGCUCAUAGACACGACCUACCUGUCCUUGCUGAGACCGGACGGGCACCCGGGGGCCUACAGAACCUACCAUCCAUUUGCAGAGGAUAAGAACGCCAAGGUUCAGAACGACUGCCUUCACUGGUGCUUGCCGGGGCCCAUAGACUACUGGAACGAUCUCCUGAUGGAGAUGGUUUUGAACGACAGACGCUGA